AGCCAUUUCGGCUCGAGCUUCCGUCUCGAGUUUUGGUGUGUAGGUUCGCCCAGCUGAAUCUCUUCGUGGUCACAUCUCGUUGCAAUAUCAUGGCCCAAGUGCGUAUCAACGUGGCUUUCGGGUUCGCCGGUCGCGAAGCAGCCAUCUCGGCGAAUCUUGCGUGGGCGUUGCAGGACAUCUUGGCUCACGUCUCACCUCGCGACGCCAACGCCUCCUGCGUCUGGAACCGUGCCUUCUUCGGAGCGGCAGAGCUGGCCGGGCAGACCACCUUGGGCGACCUCGGAGUGGCCGACGGCGACGUGCUGACGCUCGUGGCGUCCCCGCUUCCGCCGGUGCUGACCACAGGCAUGGCAGGGGAGGCGAAGCUGUGGAACGCGACCUCGGGCGAGUGCAUGCACGUGCUGGCAGGGCAGAGGGGCGUGUACUCGUCUGCGUUCUCUCCGGACGGCCUCGUCGUGGCCACCGCCUCCCUCGACGCGACGGUGAAGGUGUGGGGCGUGACGUCUGGCGAGUGCCUAGCAACGCUGCGGGGCCACACUGGCUGUGUGUUCUCCGUCGCUUUCUCUCCGGAUGGGCAGGCGGUGGUCACAGCUUCCGGGGACACCACGGUGAAGAUUUGGAGUGCCAGCACAGGCGAGUGCCAUUGCACGUUCCAGGGCCCCGAUAAGGGUAUGAAUUCCGCCGUGUUCUCCCCAGACGGACAGUCGAUCGCCGCCACCUCCGCCGACGGGACGGCAAGAAUAUUUUGUACCAGUUCGGCCCAGUGUUUGCGAACGUUACUGGGCCACCAGAGCUCCGUGAGCUCACCAGCGUUUUCUCCAGACGGCCACGUGCUUGCGACGGCGUCCAGCGACAACACGGCGAGGCUUUGGGAUGUCAGCUCGGGGCAGUGCUUGUUGACGCUGCGCGGACACAGCAGCUUCGUGAAGUCCAUCGCGUUCUCCCCGAGCGGCCAGUCUGUGGUCACCGCCUCUGGGGACGGUACGGCGAAGAUCUGGAGCACGAGCUCGGGCUCGUGCCUGCGCACGCUGUGGGCGUCUGGCGCGGACACGAAGUCCAACGCGACGUCCGCCCAGUUCUCGCCAGACGGCCGGGCGGUUGUCACCGCCACCACGAACGGCGCAGCUCGGAUCUGGGCCACGGACUCGGGGAGGUGCCUGCGCACACUGUCGACCUGCCCGAGCGGGGUGGACUCCACAAAGUUCUCUCCGGACGGCCAGGCGGUGGUCACCGCGUCCAGGGACGGCCGGGUGCGGGUCUGGGGCGUGGGCUCCGGAGAGUGCUGUUGCGUCCUGGAGGCCAGCGACCAGGCAGACGUGGUGCUCGCCGCCUUCGCUCCCUCGUGGUGAGGGCAGCGCUCAAGCCGCCACUCGCCCGUCGUGGAGGAUGGGAGAAGGAUGAGAAUGAGCAGGGGUGAUGAUGUCCAGAGGUGGGCCAGAGAGCCUCUGUCUUUUCGGAGCGGCCUAUGACUCGAUGCCAGUCAGGCUUUUAUGACGAUGCCUCGAUCAUUGCUAGCCUGCCUUGAGCAGUCGGGCUCUCAUCUGGCCGUCUGCACCGUAAAUGGGCGCUCCGUGCGCCACAUGCGGUUCGAAUGUCUGGAGGAAACACGCAUGCGGAGGAGGUGCACGUAGGAACAAGGAAGGAUGAGGGGGAGAGAUAGGCCUUGUCAGUAUCCAGCACGCCAUACCCUUUUGAAUUUGCCCCGAGGCUCUGCUUGGGCGCGCAUGCGCGUGAAGCUCUCGUUGGACAGCGAUUCGAAUCCGACCGCCGAUCGGCAGCCCAUGGUAGAUAGCUUGGCGCUUUGGAAGCGGCCAGGCGUCUCUCGUGACUUUUUAGGUCGGCUCGCUAUUGCUUACUGCCGUGUGCUCUGUCAUGCUCGGCACCUGGCUGCCAAGAUCGUCACCGGCCUUGGUGGCCACCAGCGUCGAGAGUCAUAAGUUUUUUACCGAAUAGCGAAGACUGAUAGGUUUCUAGUUACCUAACAGCGAAGACUGAUAGGUUUCUGGUAAUGUCAGUAGAGAGCAUCUUGACUCCCCAGGGGGGUCUGGGCGGAGUGCAUUUUUGGCCUAUUUUCAAGAUUUGCUGAAUUUCUGCCCUAAAUCUAUGUUUAACCUACUUAGUGGAUUUCACUGGUUUCCUAAGUCUCUGAAGACGAGGAGAACAUAAGUCUCGGGCAGAGGUGACCGGGGGCCACCCCGGCGCGGCGCCUCCGACGCGCCGGCAGCUCGAGCCACCUGCACGGCCGCCGCGCCCGCCCUCGGUCGCGACCUGCCGCAGCGCCGCGCGGCUCG